AGCAGUAUAUCAACGUUUCCAUGACGACGGUUUUCAGCUAAUAAAUUUCAUACGAGCUAAAACUAUCCUGUCGAUAUUCCGUUGCUCGCGCGGAAUACAUUUAACCUGUUCUACGUAAUUCUUCUAAAUAAAUGGCGACAGUGAUCAAAGAACAAAUAAUUCCUGCUGUGGACACGCUAGUCAAGUAUGAUAAUCCAGUUUUGAUUACGACUCGUGCGGAGAAGGUGCGUAAGGAUUCAGCACUGGCAAAAGUCGCUAUUUGUAAAAGUAAAACAAUCUCAGCUUCGAUUGAUGUACGACAGGAAACUAUUGAAAUUUUAAAUAGAAUUUUACCGCCGAAGGAAUGGGAAGAGGACGGCCAGAUAUGGACUCAAUGUGUGUCAAGUACUCCUGCGACAAGAUUAGAUGUGAUAAAUUUACAAGAGCAACUUGAUAUGCGAUUGCAACAAAGACAGGCCAGAGAAACCGGUAUUUGUCCUGUUCGUAGGCAGCUCUAUAUUCAAUGUUUUGAUGAAUUAAUACGACAGGUAACGGUUAACUGUGCUGAGCGUGGAUUACUUUUAUUGCGAGUAAGAGACGAAAUCAAAAUGACAUUAGCUGCUUACCAAACAUUAUAUCAAAGUAGUAUCGCCUUCGGGAUGCGUAAAGCAUUGCAAGCUGAGCAAGGCAAGGAAAAUUUGAUUAAUACAGUCCAGGAAUUAAAGUUACAAAAAACUGAGUUAGAAAGAACGAUUGCAGAAUUAAGGCUCAAGUAUGAUCAAUCCGAGAAAAGAUCGGCUGAAUUGAGAGAAGCGGAGGAAAAGAAACACGUGGAAGAAGUUCAAUUCCUUAAAAAAACUAAUUUGCAAUUAAAGACUCAACUGGAAGGUAUAAUAACAUCAAAAAAAUAAAAAACUAUAAUGCAAAAGAAAACACUUAAAAGUGGGAGUUUAUGGUUGCAAUAUAUUAUACAAUAUGACUCCAUCUGCACUCUUAUAUAGUUGCUGAUAAUUAAUAAACUAUAAGUUAACAUGUAACAAAUUGAAUUGGAGUAAAAAAAAAUACACAGGAUUCUAAUAAAUGCACAUUCUACAAA